AACUUGCGACGAGUAACGUCAUUCUAUCGUGUACGGCGGUCUAAAAGCAUAUUUAUAAACACGCGUUGUUGAAAAUAUCCUUACAUUUUUUUCAUUCUCCGAAUGUGUCUGGGAACGGUACCUAUGCACUCAUCAAGAUCAUUACCGCUACACAAACACAUCAGUGAAUGAGCUUCUCAUGGAUCCUGUUGUCAGACGUAAAAUCCCUGCGUGUGUUCGUUCGUUACUCACCGACAUCACACCAAAGCAGGAGGAAAACCUGAGCGACUGGCCAGAAACACACUCUGAAUCAAUUACCAGCAAAGAUGGGAUCGCACUCCCCAAGAGAGGCACUUCUGAAACUCUCCUCACCCCUGCCAACAGUACAGAAGGGGCAACCACAGACGGAAAUCCCUCAUCAAUCAAACCAUGUGGACUUUGCUUAAUAAAACCGUCUUCUUACACCUGCCCAAGGUGCAACAUCCCGUAUUGCGGUUUAGCUUGUUACAAGAGUCAGAGUCACUCCAAAUGCUCGGAGGAGUUUUACAAGGAGUCUGUGCUCCAGGAGCUCAAAUCCAGAGGAGCCACAGAUGAAGAGGGGAAGAGCAAGAUGCAGGAGAUCCUCCUCCGGCUCAGACAGAGCGCAGACACUGAGGGCGGGAUGCAGAACUUCUUAGGACACUUAGAUGGAACCAAUGUGACUGAAGGAGACGCACAGGCUUUGGAUCUGCUUUGCAAGUUGGCAGAGCUUCAGUCUGGUGGAGAUGAAAACAGUCACGAGGCACAAGAAAUCCUGGCAAAACUUGAGGAAGCCGAUGAUGAUGAUGAUGAUGAUGAUGAAGAUUUAGCUGAGAAGUUAGCUGGAUUGGAUGUUGAUUCUCUUUCUGAAGAGCAGCUCUGGUCAUUGUUGUCCACCCAGGAGAAGGAGAAAUUUGAGAAUCUGCUAAAAGUUGGUGGCAUCGCUGGGAUGGUUGUCCUGUGGAGACCCUGGUGGGAGCAACAUGAGAAAGAAACUAAAACCCUGAUUGAAGAACUUCGCUUUGAAAAUCAAGUAGAAGUGCGCACUGCGAAAAAAGGAAAACCCCAAAAAGUUGCUAGCGAUGCUAAACAAUCAGCAGUUCCUCCAAUAAGUGCUAAAAUCCCCCCUCUUCACAGGCUAACAUCAAAUCCGUCUCCUCUAGUGCAGUUCAAUCUGAUCAACGCUCUUUACGGAUACACUUUCUCUCUGUGUCUCUUCAAUGGAGAUAUUUCCGACACAUUGCUGGAGUUUAGUCAGGCGCUGGUUUCCAUUUCAGAGUUCUUGGGUGCUGGACGGGUCUUUAACUCUGUCCCGGAGGCUCUUGAUGCUGGGAUUAGAUCUGUAUCUGCUGGUGGAUAUUUCGACAGAGAAGACUCUUCAGCUCCUAUUCGAGCUGUGGAAGCGGUGGCUCAUGUGUUGACGGGACGGAGCAGAGAGGACGCUGAGGGAUACACACUGUCUGCUUUGUCGCAGGUGCGCUCGGCAUUGAGCAAGGCAAAGAUGGCUGCUGCUACAGAUGAUGACGAGAGGAUGAGACAGGGUUUUUUUCAAGCUGGAAAGAAGUGCGAGUUCUUUCAGUCUUGGGUGAAGGAGAAUCCUGAGGUUUUGAGGAGAUUGGCUGGAAGUGUGUGGACGGACUUUGAGAGAAGGGAGGUGGAGAGAGAGACAUUAGAAGAGGACAGGAAACUGCUGGACGAAGCACGGGGGAAAAGUAGAGGUAAAGGUGCACUGAUAGAAGAGGUUGAGUGAGAUUGUGAUGUGUGAUUGUUUAAAGUAAAGAAAUUGUUCAUGA